CAUCAUGUAUGCAAACAAGCACCUCGAUCGCUUGACGUUGCCUCUCGUAUCUCUCAAACCCUCACACACCCCGUCACCAUGGUAUUCCCGGCGAUCUUGCCAAAAGUAGACGAGUCGAUCGACACGUCCAUCCUCUCGGCGCUCGCCCGGAUAGGUCCGCUCUUGGUCAACACUUCGACCGUUCGAUCGAUAGCUUCCAAACUCGAACACGCCGAAGAGGUAGAAUGGUUCGUCGAGUGUGAAACCGAAGAGCAAGCACAGAACGCCUUGGAUCACGGGGCUAGUAAGGUCCUGCUCGACCAAAAGGCCGACGGGUCGAUCGGGGAGGAAUACAAGAAGGACAUCGUCCUUCGGUUGAGCUCAUCGGACGUCGAUGCUGGUUCCAUCAAGGGCUACGCCGGUGUCGUCCUUGGCAAGGGAGUGGACGCAUCACGGAUCAAGGAUAUCAGGAAAUCGUUGACCGUACCCGGCCUUGUCUUUACCGAGGACGCCAGCUAUGACCCCGCGUCCGACGUCGUAUCCAUCCUCUCCGCUGCCUCGCUCACCUUGGAUUCGAUCGCAUCCUCCUUCAUCUCUGGCUUGGUCACCGAUCGACCGGACGGAUUCUACCCCACCAUCGUCUCUUCCCCUGCUUCAUCACCUUCUCCUCUUGCACUCGGCCUCGUAUAUUCUUCCCAAGAAUCCAUCAAAGAGUCGAUCUCGACCGGUCGUGGGGUCUACCAAUCCCGCCGACACGGACUCUGGCGCAAGGGCGAGACUUCAGGUUCGACUCAGAGAGUCGUUAGGAUCAGGAGGGAUUGUGACAAGGACGCCUUGCUGUUCGAGGUCGAGCAGACCGGGACCGGAUUCUGCCACCUCGAGACCGAAGGUUGUUUCUCCUACUCUUCCCAGCAGCAACAAGAGAAGAAGGGACUUGCCGCCUUGGAAUCUACCCUCCAAUCCCGACUCGCCGAAGCCCCCGAGGGAUCGUACACCGCCAGGCUAUUCAACGACCCCAAGCUUUUACGACAGAAAAUCAUGGAAGAGGCCGAAGAGCUGACCGAGGCCGACACCCGUGAACACGUUGCGUUCGAGAUGGCCGACUUGAUGUACUUUGCAAUGGCCCGCUGCGUCAAGGCGGGUGUCUCGCUAGCCGAUGUCGAGAGGAACUUGGACGAAAAGGCCAACAAGGGCAAGAAGGGCAUCAGGAGGCAAGGGGAUGCGAAGAAAAAGUGGGUCGACUAUACCGACAAGAAGGAUGGACAACAGCAGCAGCAGGUCGUCCUCGGUGAACAAACGGUGAAAAAGGUCGAGCCUAGUGCCGAAGUGCCCGUUCAGGAAGCCGUCAAGUCGGAAUCCAAGCCCGAGGCUCCCGUUCCCAAGGCGUUCCCCACAGCCCCGACCGAUGCCUCGAACUCGUCAGAGAUGAUCAGGAUGAGGACUUCGGAUCUUGGUCAGGUCACCCCGACCGAGCGCGCCGCUCUAUUACAACGACCGGUCAUGGACUCUUCGGCUAUGAUCGAGCGCGUCAAGCCGAUCGUCUCCAAGGUCCGUGAAGGUGGGGACGAGGCGUUGAAAUCGUUGACCAAGCAGUUUGACAAGUCGGACCUCGAAUCCAACGUCCUCCUACCCCCCUUUUACCCUCCUCCUUCGGGUAAGGAGCUUUCGAGCGAGAUCAUCCACGCCAUCGAACAGGCCUACUCGAAUGUCAAGGCGUUCCACCUCGGCCAGGCGGAAAAGGAACCUUUGGUGGUGGAGACCAUGCCCGGCGUUGUUUGUACUCGAUUCGCUCGGCCCAUUGACCGAGUCGGAAUUUACGUGCCCGGAGGUACCGCUAUCCUGCCAUCCACCGCGCUCAUGCUCGGGGUCCCUGCGCAAGUGGCUGGAUGCACCACCAUCGUCCUCGCUACUCCGCCCCGACCGGACGGGUCCAUUUCCCCAGAAGUCCUGUACGUCGCCAAACUCGUCGGCGUCGACGUCAUUCUCAAGGCGGGUGGAGCUCAGGCGGUCGCCGCCAUGGCUUAUGGAACCGAGACGUGUCCCAAGGUCGACAAGAUCUUCGGACCGGGGAAUCAAUGGGUAACCGCGGCCAAGAUGUUGGUGCAAAACGAUACCCAGGCAUUGGUCGGGAUCGACAUGCCUGCCGGGCCUUCCGAGGUCAUGGUCAUUGCCGACAAGACUGCCAACCCGAUCUUUGUUGCGUCCGACCUUCUCUCCCAGGCCGAACACGGUAUCGACUCUCAGGUUGUCUUGGUCGCCAUCGACCUCGCCUCGGAACUGCUCGAAGAGAUCGAGCAAGAGGUCGAUCGUCAAGCCAACGCGCUGCCUCGUGUGGACAUCAUCAGGCAGGCCAUCAAAAAGAGUCUGAUCGUCAAGGUCAACGACAUUGAUGAGGCCUUCCGGUUCUCCAACGAGUACGCGCCGGAACACUUGAUCCUGCACUUGAAAAAGUCGAGCGAGUGUGUCAAGCUCGUCAACAACGCUGGGAGUGUAUUUGUGGGAGCUUUCUCACCAGAGAGCUGCGGAGACUACGCUUCGGGUACAAACCACACCUUGCCUACUUACGGAUACGCCAAGCAGUUCAGCGGUGUCAACACCCUCUCUUUCCAAAAGCAUAUUACCUCGCAAGAAUUGACCGAGGAUGGUCUCCGAAAACUCGGACCCAUCGUCGUUACCCUCGCCGAGUGUGAAGGAUUAGAGGCUCAUGCUAAUGCUGUCCGCGUACGUCUCGCCAGUCUGCAAUAAUUGUCGCCGAGCAGGGACAGGGUUGUAGCGCGCGCUUGUAUCAAAAUCUAGUAAUUACAUG